CGUCGUUAAUUUGGACUGAUUUUGGCCACUGAACAUUCGCUCUCACUCACUCACUCUACUGAAAAAUGCAGAAUCAGGGUUUUACACUUUGAAAUUUUGGAGGCAAAAACAAUGGAAGCCAUUCAAUCACACUACAUACAUAACCUAAAUCACUCUACACUUGACAAACAGCACUUAGGGUUUGAUCCUCAACCUCAAAAAACGUCGUCGUUUUCACCCCAUUCCAUUCUUCAAAACCCUACUCAGAAUCCACCAAACACUGAGGAAAACGACGUUGAUGAUGAAAUAGCGCUGAAAAUCAGUGUGGAAGAGCUUCAAAAUCUGGUACUAAACCAGGCAUUCAGUGAAGAGAGAUUAAAAGGAGAUAUACAUGAAGAAAAUGAACCCAUUAAGAAAAAAACUGAAAAUGAGUAUGUGGAUAAUGACUAUGAAGAUGAGAUAGCGGUGAAAUCCAUCAUCGAAGAGCUUCAGAAUUUGGUCUUAAACCAGGCAUUUGAGGAACAGAGAGCAAAAAGAGAUAUUUAUGAAGAAAAUGGAAGAGAUGAUAUCACCAUUAAGGUAAAAACUGAAAAUGAGUACGGCAGUAAUCGUUGGGGGGAUGACGACUGUGGUUGGAGCGAAAAUGGAAAUGGAAAUGUGAUUGGUGUGGUAAACGGGUAUGGCGAUAAUCGUAAUGAAGUUGGUGACCGUAGUUGGGGUGAAAAUGGAAAUUUGGAUGUGAAUAAUGUGGAAAACGAGUAUGGCGAUAAUCGUUAUGAAGAUGGUGACUAUGGUUGGGGUGAAAAUGGAAAUGGAAAUGGAAAUGGAAAUGUGAUUGAUGUGGAAAAUGAGAAGGGUGGUUCAAAGGAAUGGGGAUUUAAUGCGAAUGGAAGGAGUUUGAAUUACCCGUUAAGACCUGAUGCUGAGGAUUGUGCUUAUUAUAUGAGAACAGGGACAUGUAAAUAUGGAUUGAGUUGCAAGUUUAAUCACCCUUCCCGAAUGCGAGAUCAGCAUUGGGCAAUGGAGAAGGGCAAGCAAAAGGAAGAAAGCGAGGAAAGAGCAGGGCAGAUUGAAUGCAAGUAUUUCCUGACAGAAGGAGGGUGCAAGUAUGGGAAUGCCUGUAAAUACAAUCAUAGCAGGAGAAAGGGUGUGAUCUCCCCUGUUCAAGAUUUUAACUUUCUUGGCCUGCCACUUCGACCGGGAGGGAGGGAUUGCCCCUACUAUAUGCGCACUGGCUCCUGCAAGUAUGGAUCCAAUUGCAGGUUUCAUCAUCCUGAUCCUACCACAAUAUAUGGAAGUAAUCCUUCUUCUGGAUACAACAAUGGUGGAUCUGCUCCAAUACAAAGUGCCUCCUAUCCAACAGGGUCUUCUUGGUCUUCACCACCAUUAUUGAAUAAGACAAGUCCAUUAGUACCAGGGAUAUAUCCAGCAAGUCAAGGAAUUCCUCCUCUAAGUCCACAAUGGAAUAGGUUUCAGGCCCCGGUCUAUCCAACCUCAGAUAAGAUCCUACCUACACCUCCAGCACUUGCUAUGAAGGAUCUAGCAACUAAGACAAACUUCUAUCCCCGACCUCAGCCGCCAUGGCUUGUUGAAGAAUACCCUGAACGUCCAGGUCAACCUGAUUGCUCUUACUUCAUUAAAACUGGAGACUGUAAAUAUAAAUUUAACUGCAAAUUUCAUCAUCCAAAGACUCAAAUGUCCAAGACAAACCCGAGUGUUCUCAGUGUCAAGGGCCUGCCGCUAAGACCAGGUCAAGAUGUCUGUUCAUUCUACAGCCGUUAUGGGAUUUGUAAGUUUGGACCUGCUUGUAAGUUUGACCAUCCAGAACAUUAUGACAACUCAGCUUCUUCUCUUGGGUUUGCUUUUUAUCAGCCUCCAUUAGGCAAUUCUGCAUCCACAGAUGGCUUGAGGAUGGGGAGGAAAGGAAAUGGAAGUGGCUCAAUACUGCAGCAGUCUGUCUAAGAAAUCUUUGCAUCCAUUUCAUUCAGAAGUUAAGAAUAGAAACCCCAUGGCUUACAAACAGAGUAGAAACUCUAUAUAGUCCUUUAAUGUUUUAUUUUGUCACAAGCUCAAGCAAAUAGGUUUUUGUAUAUCUUAGCAUGUUUAUAGACUACAGGUGGGUAUAUGGAUGUCGAUGCAGCAGUAUGUUAUUAGGAACAGUAACUUAAAUCAGAAUAUGCAACCCCUUUUAACUCCUUGAA